AUGACCAGCUUCGCCAAGAUCCGACCAGCUGUGGAAAAAUUUCGAGCUGCACUGACCCGGAGAAGAGAAGCCAAAGAUCGAUCCCAUCGCCGCGACGUCUCGGAAUCCACGUCCUCCUCAUUGGGCGUGAAAAAUGUCAACUCCCCAGUCCCUCCGUCCCCAUGGGGCCUACCGGUCGAGAUUCAAAUCAAAAUCUUCGGCUACUGCGAUACCACCGAUUUCAUCCACCUGAGACUUGUUUGCAAGGCCUUCCACGCCCUCCUAUCCUUGAACGAACACGAAAUUGUCCGCCAAUACCUCCGCCAGCGCCGUCAUGGAACCCUCCCGUCCCCCAUCGAUGACAAGCGAACAUACACUCGUAAUCCAGAGGACGACAUGGUGCUUCUCUCUGACCUCUUUCCGCCCUCUAAGAGUGCCAAAGGAGGCCAUCUCUACACUUUCCGAUACCUCCAUGAGCUCCGAUCCCGGCAGAAGCAAUGUUCCAAGCUGUGCUAUUACUUAGCAGACCGGGUGAUGGACCGGUUUAUGCAAACCGAGCAAGUCUUUCUUCGAUCGUCCUUCCCCGUCAAGAAAGCCGAGCGUUUCGCGAUGGUCAAGAAAGGCAAGGCCAGUAUCUGGUUUCAUCUCGCCCCUCUCAUGUACUACGUGAUGUACUUUUUACAAAGCUUCGCUUCUGCUCAGCGCGAGCACACCAACUUGCUCCUUCGAGCACACGAGUCCGGACAGCUCUCCGUUCCCGUGUCCGUCGAGACCCGUCGACAGAUGUAUCGCAAAUUGCAAACCCAAAUCCUCCGAGCACCUCCCUUCCACAACACCGCCGCGCUGGUUGCGACAAAUCACUGCAUGCAUUUACUGGUCUCUCUCAUUCGAUACACCAUUGCGCCGGACUCGGCGGUCGACGAGACGUGGAUCAAUGCCCUCCUCACGUGGUCCCCUUUUACUCGAAUUGUGGAAUUUUUCUCCGCCGAGAUCGGCGAUGGAGGCAACCAGCGCAUCCAACGGAAGGAGUUCAUGUACAAUUUCCACCGGGAUAUGACGAUUCACGAGAAGGACCAUAUGAGAUCAUUAAUAUUUGGUCCGGCGAACAGUGAUUCGCACCGGUCCGUGCGGGACGUGUGGUUUGACGCUGCGUCUCUCGAGAUGGAGGUGCGGCGAGCGAGGCCACACCACGUAGAGACCGUGUGGACUUGGAACGGCCUGCCGAUUGUGUUGGGAUGCCCGGACUGCCGGCCAGCUCCGGGAUGGAGAGCUUAA